UGUGUUAGUUUUGGUAUCAGCGUAUGGAUACAUGAGCGUUCUUUAUGCAAUUCGGUCUUGUAUAAAUAUGUUCCAUUGAGUUUUGUGUCACAUUUUUAUUAUCGACUUUAUUUUACUACGGAUGUAUUUUUUUAUCGAACAUUAUUAAGGUUAAACAAGAUUUCAUUUAAGUAAAAGUAACGAAUAGAAAAAAAAGUUGCAAAAUCAAACAAUCUUUGCCAUGGAAAUCUACCGAGGAAAUGUCUUAUAUUUGAAUCAUCGAGUGUUUAUAUGUUUAUUUGCCGUCAUAGUUUCAUUAAUAAUGGCCGUGUCUGGUGACAGAUCGACUGACACAGGGUAUAACAAUGAGGACGUUGCCACACAAGACUUUAAAACGUUAUGGGACAUUUAUCUUUUACCACGAUUACAACUUGAUCUCAACCGAAAAGCCUCGGAGUGGUUAGAUGAACAUUUGAACAAUGCUGAGUCAUCAAAUUACGACUACAUAAACGACCAGCUGAAAGCCAACGAGAACGACCAAGGUGCAUCAAGAUUUAAACGUUUAGGAGUAGCUGGUUUGGAAAACUUGGAUAUGAUGACAAAAACUCUGGCUCAAAAUCGGCUACCAAUGUCAGUCAACAUGAACACAAACAGAUUGCGCAUGCUUAUGAGAACAGUGGGACGCAGAAGGAAGUAAAACCGGAAAUUAUAGUUCUGAUUGGCAACAAAAACAGCCAAUUUUCAGCAGUGAUAUAUUUGACGCAUUGCAAUUUAUAAUUUUGUAAACAUAGUCAUUUUUGCAAACAAAGGAUGCAAACCGAUGGUAUUUACACACGCUAUUUAAAAUGAUUUAGUUGACAGAUACGCGCUAUACAUUGAAACGAAUCUAUUUCAAUCAACAUACAUCCCUUUAUUUGAAUUUUCAUUGGAUGUCUUAUCUUACACGUGAGCUUAAAACUUAAAUAAUCAUUAAAGCAUUUUUUUUAUUCUGCAAAGAGCUUAUCUCAUAAUCUAUUUAAAUAUUUUAGGAAUACAUUCAUGAGCUUUAACUGUUGUUUUCUCUCAAAAUGUCUAACAGAUAACGAUAUUUGUAACAUCAUAGUAUAUGAAUGUCAUCAUAAAACAACAAGAACAACCAUAAAGCGAUGACGUCAAUGUUUACAGCAAAUAUAAAUACAUGCUUCUAAGUUCCGUUUUUAUGCUCUUUGUAUCUUCUCUUAAUCUUAAUCGGGUUUUGAAAGCAAUGAUUUGCGAAAUGAUACGACCUGGAAUGUAACAAAUAAAAAGUACACCAUUUUAAAGUUAGCAAUAUCAAAAAUGUAUCAUUAUAGAAUUUGAAAUUAAAAAGAAACUUUAAAUGCAAAAUUAAAAGGAGUCAAUAUUUCUUUGAUUGUUAUAAGUAAAUAAUAAAAUCACUAUCAAUUUUUCAAUAUAAAUAUUGAUAUGGAACAUUGCUAGAUAGAUAGAAAAAAUAUAUUAAAUUAAUAUAUAAAAGCAUUCUAGAUAUUUCUUUUUGAAUUUGUUUGGUUUAAAGUUUAAUAAAGUCUUUUGAUGAA